UAAAGUCUUAGUCACAACAAACCAAAAUAUAUAUUUUUUGAAUAUAGACUCAAAUUGAAACGUAUAAAUUAAAAAGAAAAUAGAACUAUUUUAGUGUGCGGAAUAUUAUUUUGUUUAUAUCCGAAAUCGGCCAUAUUUGUUGACAAUUUGUUGCAUCAAACAGAAAGAAGAAAAAUCUGUAAACGUAUCUAAAAGAAAUAAUGAAGUGGGAAUACAAAGAAGAACAUCCCUUUGAGAAAAGGCGUGCUGAGGGUGAAAAAAUCCGAAAGAAGUAUCCAGAUCGCGUUCCUGUUAUUGUAGAGAAAGCACCAAAGGCCAGAGUUGGAGAUUUAGACAAGAAAAAAUAUCUGGUGCCAUCAGAUUUAACAGUUGGACAGUUUUAUUUCUUGAUCAGAAAGAGAAUUCAUCUGAGACCUGAAGAUGCUUUAUUUUUCUUUGUAAACAAUGUGAUUCCUCCAACAAGUGCAACAAUGGGAUCUCUCUAUCAGGAGCAUCAUGAGGAAGACUUCUUUCUAUACAUAGCUUACAGUGAUGAAAGUGUGUAUGGAGCCUAACUAAAGAGUGGACUGAUGAUGACCAAAACUGUACCGGGAACCAGUUCUUUUAAAUCUAAUGCUUGUGUAUGGUAGAUGUGAUCAGACACGUUAUAUAUGUUGCUUAUGCAGAAUUUUACCUGACUUUUUAAAGUUUCUGUAAUUCAUGUGGUGACAUUUUAUAAACACAAUGGCAAAGAUCAUACACACAUUUUAAAUUUAAGAGUUUUUUUAAGUCUCAAUACUUGUUCUAAUAUUUUGUAGUCUUCAAAAAAAAAAAUGCUUUGAAAAAGAAAAAAAGAAAUAACUUCUGACUGUUCAUAUCUUGAUAUAUUUAUACAUUUUUUUAAAAUCUUAUAUCCUUUUAAUAUAAUUAUUCCCUGUUUAGCAAAGACAUUUUUCAACUUUUUUUUAUAACUUUGAUAUUCUAUCAAUAUUCUACAAACACACAGAAAAGUUUUGUUUGGAUCUAGUGAAGAAUUGUACACAUAAGUGUACAACUAUGUUAAAAACAGAUAACACUGCCUGUUUAAAGAUAUGUAAUGCAAAAUAAGAAUUUUGCAGUAAAUAUACACGUUAAGAACACCCUUAGGUAGAUACUGUUCAUUCAUUAAACAGUUUUCUUUUUUAUUUGUUGAAUACCCUGUGAAAGAAGAUUGUCGAUUAUUUUUGUUGAUAACAACACUAGUGUCAUGCAAUUAAUACUGAAUAUACAAUAGUUAUAAUGUAAGACUAAGAGUGAAUUACCAGCAUUUAUUAAAAAUUGACCAUGAAAUUCACCCGUGUGUAUUGUAUAUGUUGUUAUGAUAUAUUCUACCAACUAACUGUUUUUUAAAUAAUUUGUGAUAAUUAUGUAUAUAAGUAGUGUAUAUUGUUAUUAUCUCUUGUUUUUAUUGUUAUUUUAUCUGUAUGAAUGAUCAGAGAAAUAGAUGUAAAUAUUUUAAUUUUGUUGUGGUAUCAUUUUAUCUGCUGGUAACUGGAUGUCUCGUAUCAGUGGGAAAGAUAUGGGAUAAGACUGCUUUUGUUAUCACAGUACACACAAGAUGUUAUGGUUUAAAAUCAACUUGUUUACAAUUGGCUAUAGCAGUUCGCAUUAAAAUAAGGAGAUCUUUUAUAAUAUGACAACUUUCUACAAUUUAGAUUUUGUUACUUUUUGUCUUUUAAAACUUUCAUUGGUCACUCACUGGCCAUAUUAUAUUUUUCUCUUAAAAAAUGAUAUUUAAUAAAUUUCAAUUUUUUUCCUCUGUAAAAUCUUCUCAAAACUUAAAUAGUAUUUUCAUUCAUGCAUUUUUUUUUGGUAAUUAAUCUGAAUUUACUGCAACAUAUUGUGUGUACUGUUCUAAUGUCAUCCGUUUUAUCAAUCUGAAAGCUUAUCAUGUAACUGAGGUCUUUUAUGGAGAAUGGAUUAGUAUUACUUUUUAUUGUAAAAGCUGACUUAAUAUAUGCAGAUACUAUUUUUAGCAACAUGUCUAUUACAAUCUAUUUGUUUUGAUAUGUGGACAAUAAAAAUAAAUUUCAUUGAAAUCAAAGUUCUGAAAGAGCUGAAGUUAAUUUUUGUCAAAAUUUCCUUAAUAUGCCUUUUCUCAGAUGGAAUAAAUAACAUUGAUUAGUGAAUGAAAAUAUGUGUAUAGUAUAUCGGUGGUUGCUGUUUAGUUGCAAAAUGAAUUUAAUGUUUCUUUUGUGGAUUUUUUUGGUCAGUAUAAUCCAUUUAACUUAUCUAUUUUUAAUGUUUGAAUAGAUGGAAUGGUUUUGCAAAUAAUUUUCUCAUGUUAACAUAGAAAAUCUAUAAUAUAUAUUUAUACCAGAUAUUUAUUCUUAUUUAGAUGGUAUGUACCAAAAAAGUCAUUUAGGUUUCAAAUGAUUGCAAUGUUUAGUGUAUAGGUCUUAACAAAUUUCAGUAAUAGUAAUACUGCCAAAAGAUUUUGGCAUAUCUCACAACAUUCUAAAAAUUAAAUUCUGUUUCUCAGGUCUUUUUACAAUAAUACUUGAAUAAUACUUGAAAAAGGGACCACUAUUUGAAUUUAUAAAUUAGAUUAUAUUUUACAGAUAUGAUUGAAUACUACAUGUAUUGUCUUUUUGACAUAUACCAAAUAUACCGGUAUUUUAUUCAAACAUGUAUAUAUUAAAGUUAUAAAGGCCUGUUCAACAGACACAUGUAUUUUAGAUGUCCAUACUAUUUUACAUAAAAUAACUGAUAUGCUAAACUAAAGAAAGUCUCUUUGUCCAGAUAAAUUUUGAUUUUAAACCACUUUCAACAUACAUUUGUUUUGGCAUAUAUUGCAUCUUGUAAAUGUUCAUUUAUAAAAUAAAAUAUUGUUCAUCUAAA